GUGGCGACCAGCCGGAGGAGAAAGAACAUGGCGGGCACAGCGGGGCCCGGGACCGGCCCGGGGGCAGCGGGAGGAGAUGGAGACGAUUCGCUGUACCCGAUCGCGGUCUUAAUCGACGAGCUCCGCAACGAGGAUGUGCAGCUCCGCCUUAACAGUAUUAAGAAGUUAUCCACAAUUGCUCUGGCACUUGGAGUAGAAAGGACACGAACAGAACUGCUGCCAUUCCUUACAGAUACGAUUUAUGAUGAAGAUGAGGUACUGUUAGCUCUUGCUGAGCAACUGGGAAAUUUCACUGGCCUGGUGGGAGGUCCUGACUUUGCCCACUGUCUGCUGCCUCCUUUGGAAAGUCUGGCAACUGUGGAAGAGACUGUGGUUCGAGACAAGGCUGUGGAGUCGCUGAGGCAGAUCUCCCAGGAGCACCCUCCUAAUGCUCUGGAAGCGCAUUUUGUACCUCUGGUGAAGCGCCUGGCGAGUGGAGACUGGUUCACUUCUCGCACGUCUGCGUGUGGCUUGUUCAGUGUUUGCUAUCCCAGGGCUUCAGAUGCUGUCAGAGCAGAAAUUAGACAGCACUUCCGUUCCUUGUGCUCAGAUGACACUCCCAUGGUACGACGUGCUGCCGCUUCCAAACUGGGCGAAUUUGCAAAAGUUUUGGAAUUAGACAGUGUGAAAAGUGAAAUUGUUCCGCUGUUCACUAACCUAGCUUCAGACGAACAGGAUUCAGUGCGUCUCUUAGCUGUGGAAGCUUGUGUCAGUAUCGCCCAGUUGCUGUCCCAGGAGGACCUUGAGGCUCUGGUGAUGCCCACACUCCGGCAAGCAGCGGAAGAUAAAUCUUGGAGGGUUCGCUAUAUGGUAGCUGACAAGUUUUCAGAGCUCCAGAAAGCUGUGGGUCCUAAAAUCACCCUAAAUGACCUCAUCCCCGCCUUUCAGAACCUACUCAAAGACUGUGAAGCUGAAGUCCGAGCAGCUGCUGCCCACAAAGUAAAAGAACUCUGUGAGAACUUACCCACUGAAGGCAGAGAGACCAUAAUUAUGAGUCAGAUUCUCCCCAAUAUAAAGGAAUUAGUAUCUGAUACAAAUCAACAUGUCAAAUCGGCUCUAGCAUCUGUAAUUAUGGGAUUGUCUACCAUUUUGGGAAAAGAGAAUACCAUUGAACACCUUCUACCUCUUUAUUUAGCUCAGUUAAAGGAUGAGUGUCCGGAAGUUCGUCUGAAUAUCAUCUCUAACUUGGAUUGUGUAAAUGAAGUGAUUGGGAUCCGUCAGCUCUCUCAGUCUCUCCUUCCUGCCAUAGUGGAGCUGGCUGAAGAUGCCAAGUGGAGGGUCCGGCUGGCCAUCAUUGAGUAUAUGCCACUGCUGGCGGGCCAGCUGGGUGUGGAGUUCUUUGACGAAAAGCUGAAUUCUUUAUGUAUGGCCUGGCUUGUGGACCAUGUGUAUGCUAUCCGCGAAGCCGCCACCAACAACCUCAUGAAGCUCGUUCAGAAGUUCGGAACAGAGUGGGCCCAGAACACCAUCGUUCCCAGAGUGUUAGUCAUGGCGAACGAUCCCAAUUACUUGCACAGGAUGACCACCUUAUUCUGCAUUAACGCACUGUCUGAAGCCUGCGGUCAGGAAAUAACCACGAAGCACAUGCUGCCCGUUGUACUGAAAAUGGCAGGAGACCAAGUGGCGAACGUCCGUUUCAAUGUAGCCAAAUCUCUUCAGAAAAUUGGACCAGUUCUGAACACUGAUGCUUUGCGGGAGGAAGUGAAGCCAGUACUGCAGAAGUUGGGCCAGGAUGAAGACGUGGAUGUCAAGUACUUCGCACAGGAAGCUAUAAGUGUGCUUGCAUUGGCAUAAUGAGGAACAGGAGGGAAAAGACUUUACUAAAUUCUUAUCACAGAUUUCUAGUCAAUGUGUUCUUAUGCUGGGUGGACACAGAGUGGAAAACCUUCAAGACUUCAUCCAAGCAAAUGGCAACAACUUACAAGAGAUCAAAUUUCAGUGACUUGAUUCUUUCUGAAGACGAAAUGGGAUUGUCUGUCUCUUCACUUUUGGGAUAAUUACAUUUAACGCAUUCUUCUUGUUUGUGACCAGUUCCUGACCCUUGGUCGGUCAUUUCUUGAUUGCCUCCUAAUGAUUAUCCGGCACCAUCGGGGCUCCCGCACGCUUGCUGUUUGUUUGGUCAGGCCCCGGCCACUUACUGUCUCCAACCACGUCUGGAUGGGUUUGGACCCAGACAAGGAGUGGAGUGAUUCUCUUGAUGUUGACAUGUAUCUGUGUGUGUCUCUCUCCAUGAUUCCAAAGUUAAAUGUACAUGAUUUGGAAUACCUUAUUUUAUAAACACUCUGGGAGCUACACUGAGAUGUCACCUAGUGAAAGCCACAUAUUCCUGGAUACUGAUGGUCUGCGUUAGUGUCUCCCAUGAAAGGGGAGUGUGGAAGCUCAGGGUUCACGUAGAGGUUGUCUUGGGGUUUAUUUGCUUGAUUUUUGCUGUAAUCAUGUCCUUCGGAAACCUGAAACACAGAUGCCACUUGCUGCUGGCGGGGUGUUGGAAGCUGACUGAAUUUCAGUGGCUCACCAUGGCAACUGCAUUCAAACACCGCUCCUUCGCUCCCUCCCCCCACCUCCUUUCCUGGUCUCUCCACCAGAAGCUUAAAACUUAGUGCCUCCUGACAAGCAGUCGUUUUACUGCUUCGUUGUAAGAUUGCCCUUUGUGUGUCUGCUGAGUAGAGAAACCACUCACUGGUCGGCUUCUGGGAGGGAUUCCUGCUCUCUAGCUGGCUCCGCUUUCAGCUCUGCUGACGUCUGGUCCUCGCUGCCUUGUGCCGCCGGUAGCUACCAACUGAAGCUUCCUUCCUAACGUCUUGGUGUGGGUGACGCUGGAGACUUACCGUUUGAAGUGUUUGUGUUUGUACUUUACGGUAAAACCUCGUUAAUUUCUCCUGGAAUUUAAGGUAAUGAGCCAAGCCGAAGGGUUUGCUGAAGCAAAUUAAUACUAUGUCAGGAAACCCAUAGUAUCUGAACUACUUCAAUCUUUUUAAAAAGCUCUCUUUAAAAAGCCCCCUUUAUCCAAUUGAUAGCCAGUUGAUAUGCCAAUUACUGAUCACUCUUUUCAGUUUUAUUAAAAAAACUUCCAUGAGGAUCGUUAGGGGUUACACCUUUUUUUUAGAUGUAUUCAUUUUACUCUAGGUCCCUGAAAUAUUUAUGUAUUUCACCGAGAACAUUGAUACUUUUUCUUUGAGAUUUCAAACUCGCCUUGUCCUAAUAAUUUUAAUUAAUGACGUUUCAUUGUAGCUUAUGUUUUGCUCCUCGUAUGUUGCUGUGUGGUUUGCUUGUUUCCGUUUGGGUUUUUGAAUUGUUUUCUUUCACUCACAACCUUGUGUAAACCCAACGAGCCCUGUCCUGCUCCGUGAAGGUGAAGACUUACUAUAAAGGUCUGCACAUGAAACCAUUAUGUAAAAAACCAAGUUGGACCAAAUGCUUCCAGGUUUGUCAUACCUUAGAUAAACAGAACCUGACUCAGACAGUAUCGGCCUGCAUUUGAAACUGCCAGCUGCCUUCUAGGAAGUUUCUGUUUUAUUACUUUUUGGGCCAAGGAUUAAAUCUAUUGCUAUGCAAAAAAUUUUCCUGCAUUCUCAUUUUAAUGUCUUUACUGUUACGCUGUAAACACUUUAAUUUUAGUUUGAUGGUUCUUUUUGUUCUCUGCAGGCUGUGUUCCACUUGGUGAAUUGCAUAUUUGAGAGGCUAUUGUCUCGGAUUCUUGAUUCUUGAAACAAAGUCACACAGCUAUUGCUUUACUCUUUGGUUGGGAAUGCCAUUGGUUUGGGGACAGACUUUUAAAUGCCUUUUAGACUUUAAGUGUACUCCUGGGGAGCCCUGAGCACUGGCCUCUCCCUCCAAGACUGGUCAAGAGGAGACAGAAGCCCUUGAUUUCUCAAGCAUGGGUCUGGGAGCUAAGCAGGGCUCUGUCAUUUUGGGUGACCCCGUAGGGACUUGAUUGACUUUCUGAUUAAGCGAUAGGGAAUCCCUUCUGUUACUCAGGGGAGCUGUUCUCUGGCUCAUAACUGGUCAUAUUGGCCAUGGAUUACUUUUCUUAUCUUGAUUUCAUUAGAAUGUCAGCUCCAGAAGCUCUGGAAAGGCAGGGAUUUUUGUCUAUUUUUUUGUCUUCUCCUGUAUCGCCAGCACCUAGAUCAGUGUCUGGCCUAACUAGAAGGUGCUCAAUAAAAACAUGUUGAAUGAAUUUCUAAAA